GUUGCACCCACACUGCUCCUCCACGUUUCGUCAUCACUGUGUUCUGCAGCGGUCCUAUAAACAGCUGCCUUGCCGACCUGCAGACAGUGAGCGUGUCGUGCAGAGACAUGGACAUGAGGACACACUGAGUGCAGAUGACUGAGCCGCGGACCGUCAGGGCAUUCCUGUGAUAGGGACAACUGAUGCACCGGAUCAACAUAUCAAACACUCACAUCUGACAUAUUAUCACUAACACCCGUUAAAGAACUAAGAAAACAGUUUGCCAGUUGCCAGUGCGCAUUUUGGCCCUCGUGGCAACGGAAGGAUCUAUGCUUUUGUUUUUUAAAUCAUUUUGCAUUGAUUUCAGUCAUUAUUGAUUUACCCAUGCCACAAGACAGGGCAGGAUUAUAAUUAUCUCUUGGAUGUAAAAGUCAUCGAUUUUCCUACUCAUCAACACCAAACUUUUCUUUACACGUCUGGAAAUUGCGCGCGGAGAUGGCGCAAAGGUACGAUGAGCUGGCUCUUUACGGAGGCGCGAUGGACGGAGUCGGAGUCCCCACCUCCAUGUACGGAGACCCGCAUGCCCCCCGGCCCCUGCCCCAAGUCCACCACCUGAACCACGGGCCGCCUCCGCAUCCGACGCAGCACUAUGGAGCCCAUGCGCCGCACAACAUCAUGCCAAGCAGUAUGGGCAGCGCCGUCAGCGAUGCACUAAAGAGAGACAAGGACCAAAUCUACGGCCACCCUUUAUUUCCACUGUUGGCUCUGGUGUUUGAGAAGUGCGAGCUGGCAACCUGCACGCCCAGGGAGCCCGGGGUUGCGGGAGGAGACGUUUGCUCCUCUGACUCCUUCAAUGAAGACAUAGCCGUAUUUGCAAAACAGAUCCGUGCAGAGAAACCUUUAUUUUCUUCCAACCCAGAGCUAGAUAACUUGAUGAUUCAAGCGAUUCAAGUCCUACGAUUUCAUCUCCUGGAAUUAGAAAAGGUUCAUGAGCUCUGUGAUAACUUCUGCCAUCGGUACAUCAGCUGUUUAAAAGGCAAAAUGCCUAUUGACCUGGUCAUAGAGGACCGAGACAUCUGCAAGUCGGACUUCGACGACCUCUCCGGGUCCUCCACCAACCUUGCAGAUCAUAACCCCACAUCCUGGAGAGACAUGGAUGACACCCACUCCAUGCCCUCUGUGGGCACCCCGGGACCGUCCAGCGGAGGACAUGUCUCUCAGAGUGGCGAUAACGCCAGUGAACUUGGAGAUGCCCUCGACAACAGCCUGGCAUCACCAGGCACAGGCGACGAGGAUGACCAAGACAAGAAAAGGCAGAAGAAACGAGGCAUUUUCCCGAAAGUAGCAACAAAUAUAAUGAGAGCAUGGCUCUUCCAGCACCUAACGCACCCGUAUCCCUCAGAGGAACAGAAAAAGCAGCUAGCACAAGACACAGGCCUCACCAUUCUUCAAGUGAACAACUGGUUUAUCAAUGCAAGGAGAAGAAUAGUCCAGCCUAUGAUUGACCAGUCCAACAGAGCAGUGAGUCAGGGAACAGCUUACAGUCCGGAUGGCCAGCCAAUGGGAGGAUUUGUUCUUGAUGGGCAGCAGCACAUGGGUCUCCGGCCUGGAGGGCCAAUGGGUAGCAUGGGCAUGAACAUGGGCAUGGAUGGGAAUUGGCACUACAUGUAAAUCCACUUCACUGAAGCAAGCCU